AUGGCUGCCCGCGGGUCUGCUUCACCAUCACCCGCGCCAGAGGCACCUGUAGCAGCCGCACCGGGGCCUCGCGCUGCAGCCCUUCAGAAGGUCUUCGCAGGUGCUCUGUCGUCGUCGAUCAGAGCCAACUCAUACGCCAACUUCAGCUCAUGCUUCCCGACCCCUGCCAAAUACUGUCCGACGGCGCUGGAAGGAGUGUGGAAGCAGUUGAAUGCGCGACUGGAAGAGGAAUGCACGCGCGACUUCGAGAAAAUACUUGAAGAGAGACAUGUCAUUGAAGGCUUGAACCAGUGGGACAGCAUGAUAGAGGAGGCACGGAGAAGAAAGAAUCGCGCCGUGGACGGUGAAAUGCCGGCUCGACCACUCCAUACACUUUCGGCACAGGAGUUAUACAUCGCCAAUGUCACCCCCUAUCUACAGCAAGCCACAGACGAGCUGGCCUCGAAACUACAGGCCGCGCAGGAGGACAAUUCAACCAUCAUGGCCACCAUCCGUGAGCAACGAGUCGAGCUGGAACAACUAUUGAAUGGCUUAGAAAUGGUGGUGGAAGAUAUCGAAGGGAGCGUUCAAGCAAUGCAAUCGGGUGAAGACGGUGGAUUAACCGAAUUGAGGACUGACGUGUGGCAAAUGGAACAAGAGCUGGCCGCAACGAGAUAA